UUCCUAUUCCUCUCUCCCCACGCCCUCUCUUCCCAAGUUCAAACCCACCUCUCACUUUCUCUUCACCUUCCCCACUUCCAUUUCUGUAUAGAAUAAUAUAAUCUGUAGGUAAUAAAAUAUAUAAAUACAUAGACACACUACAUGGACAUGACCGACUUGAUUCAAAACCCGUCUCCCUUCAACCCCUUCUUAUAACACACACCCCAUCCAUCCACCCACCCUUCACCCUUACCACCUCCGAUAUAUACACAAGAGUCUCAAACACAGAGACAUAGAGAGAGAGAGAGAGAGCAAUCAUACACAGUGGUCAAUAGCCAUGGCUGGUUCACACUCAGCACCAUAUUACACCCCAACUUCCAAACCCAACCAACCCUCCUCUUUCUGGAAAAAAACCAAUGUCAUUCCAUUACUCCUCAUCGCUUUGCUCUGCUCUAUCUCUUACUCCCUCGGACUCUGGCGAAACAACGACGGCGCCACCACCACUUCCAACCUCGGCGCCACCAUCCCCUGUAUCUCCCAAACCAACAACUACACCACCACAACUACCAAAACCAAUAACAACAACAACCACAUCACAUCCACCUCCAAGUCGGCCAUCGAUUUCGCCUCUCACCACGCGGCGGACGACGGCGGCGCCUUGGCGCUUCCCCAGGACGGCGUAAAAAUGUUCCCGGCGUGCGACGUGAAGUACAGCGAGUACACUCCGUGCGAGGACGCACAGAGAUCGUUGAAGUUCGAGAGAGACAGGUUGAUUUACAGAGAGAGGCACUGCCCGGAGAAAGGAGAGGUGUUGAAGUGCCGUGUGCCAGCGCCGUACGGUUACAAAUACCCAUUCAAGUGGCCUCUGAGCAGGGAUCUGGCUUGGUACGCCAACGUGCCACACAAGGAUUUGACGGUGGAGAAGGCUGUUCAGAACUGGAUCAGAUAUGAAGGUGACCGUUUCAGAUUCCCUGGUGGUGGUACCAUGUUCCCCAACGGUGCUGAUGCCUACAUCGACGACAUUGGCAAGUUGAUCAAUCUCGGAGAUGGCUCUAUCAGAACUGCCAUUGAUACGGGUUGUGGGGUUGCGAGCUGGGGUGCUUAUCUUCUAUCACGAAACAUCCUUACAGUGUCAUUCGCGCCAAGGGACACACAUGAAGCUCAAGUUCAAUUUGCUUUGGAGCGAGGUGUACCUGCAUUGAUUGGAGUCCUUGCCUCCAAGAGGCUUCCUUACCCGUCAAGAGCUUUCGACAUGGCUCACUGCUCUCGUUGCCUCAUUCCAUGGGGCCAACAUGGUGGCAUUUACUUGAUGGAAGUUGACCGAGUUCUAAGGCCCGGUGGAUACUGGAUCCUCUCUGGUCCCCCGAUCCGCUGGAAGAAAUAUUGGAAAGGAUGGGAGAGAACAAAGGAGGAUCUGAAUGCUGAACAGACUGGUAUUGAAAAUGUAGCCAGCAGCCUCUGCUGGAACAAGUUGGUGGAGCAGGAUGACAUUUCUAUAUGGCAAAAACCCACCAAUCAUUUACAGUGUAAAGCUAACCGGAAGAUCACCCAAAACCCACCCUUUUGCCCUGCCCAGGAUCCUGACAGAGCCUGGUACACAAAUAUAGAGACUUGCUUGACUCCUCUGCCUGAGGUUUCCAACAAUCAAGAAGUUUCUGGUGGUGAAUUGGCAAAUUGGCCAAAGAGAUUGAAUGUAGUACCCCCUAGGAUUAACAGAGGAACAGUGAAAGGAGUAACAGCAGAGGUUUUCCAACAAGAUAACCAGUUAUGGAAGAGGAGAGUAGCAUACUACAAAACCGUGAAUAAUCAACUCGAGCAAGCCGGAAGAUACAGAAACCUGCUCGACAUGAAUGCCUACCUAGGUGGAUUUGCUGCUGCUCUAGUUGAUGACCCUGUUUGGGUCAUGAAUAUUGUUCCACCUGAGGCCAAGAUCAACACCCUUGGAGCUAUUUUUGAACGUGGAUUGAUUGGAACAUACCAGAGCUGGUGUGAAGCAAUGUCUACUUAUCCUAGAACUUACGAUCUCAUUCAUGCCGAUUCAGUGUUCACUCUGUACAAGAACAGAUGUGAAAUUGAGGAUAUUCUGCUAGAGAUGGAUAGAAUUUUGAGGCCAGAAGGAAGUGUAAUAUUCAGAGAUGAUGUUGACAUAUUGAUUAAAGUGAAGAGGAUCAUAGAUGGAAUGAAUUGGGAUAGUCAGAUAGUUGACCAUGAAGAUGGACCAUUAGUGAGGGAGAAGCUUCUGUUUGCAGUGAAGUUGUAUUGGACAGCUCCUGCUUCCCCUGAUCAAGAUGCAUCCAAAACUUCUUAAACCAUUUCUUUUUCUUUAUUUUCCUUUUCUUUUUUUUUUUUAAUUUAAAUUAUGUUUUCUUGUUACCUUAUAUAAUUUUCCCUUUCUAUUUUUGUACUUUUUAGUUUUACUAAUUCUUUAGUGAUUUGUUUACCAACUAUUCAGCUAAAUGCAUUGAUAAUAUCAUUUCAUAAUCAAUAUAGUGUCCCCUCGUUUUGCUAA